AGGAUAGUUCAUACCUCUCAAGUCUCAGUGUUAUCCAGAAAGUGAUGCUCAUUCUCCCAAUAGUCCUACUAUGCAUUCUUAGCUACCUGUUCCUCAAUGCUUACAUUUACAAUAUCAGAAGAAAGUUUUACCACAUAAAAUCACCGCCAAUACCUGGGACUCUUACAUGGUUUCUUGGACUUUUGCCUGAAUUUCAAAGAAGAGUCAAUAAAUCUCAAUAUGUCUCUGGUGGUCACGCAAUCAUGGAAUUUUCGCAAGAGUAUGGAUGGGAUCUCUUUGUGCUCCCAUUAUUCACUUCAAACGUGAUAUAUUGUGUAGAGUUAGAUAUAUUAGCAAAAGUUUUAGCGGACUACAAGACAUUUCAAAAGGAUUUACAAUAUCAGAAAACAUUUUCAAGUGUUGGUGGGGUAAGAAUAUUCGGAAAAUAUGGCCUCUUAAGUGAUCCAGGCACUGAGGUUUGGAAUACCAAAAGAAGAGCUAUGGACCCAGGUUUUCAUAAAUCAUUUAUGAAGUCAAUUUUGCCUGGCAUGAAUACGGUUGUGAACAACUUAUUGGGAGUUCUGAGCACACGAGUUAAAGAAGGUAUAAUUGAUGUAAGUUUAGAUAUGAAUCGUAGUGCCUUUGAAGCAAUAUCUAUUUGUGGAUUUAAUAUGGAUUCAGAUGUUAUAGCAAUGCACGGAGGACUUGUUGUUGAAACAUCACCUCUCAUCCUUCAAGGUAUGUCACUAACUCUGAGGGAUAGAAAUUUUAAUUACCCCUGGAAAUAUCGCCAAGAAAAGAAAGCUUUAAAAGACAGAGUUCCUAUUGUGAGAGAAGUUGUUAAACGACAUCUUCAGGAUAGAAUGAACGCCAGCUCCGAUGCACUUGAUAGCUCUGAUAUCUUAUCACACAUCAUCCAAAGCAACAAAUGCUCAGAUCAGCUUACUAUAGAUGAUUUGGUAGAUGAUUAUUUAGUCUUUCUUAUAGCUGGAAUGGAAACAACUGCCAUAACCAUGGCAGUUACACUCUUCUAUCUAGCUAACAACAAUGAAAUCCUCUCUAAAGUUAGAGAGGAGAUAGACAGUGUUGCUGAACGAGGCCAAAUGCUGGAAUUUGAAGAUGUCAAUAAGUUAGUUUACAUGCAGAUGGUCAUCAAAGAAUGUAUGAGAAUGAAGCCUCCUGUUCGAGGUGUUGGGCGGGUCUGUGCUAAAGAUAAUGUGUCUGUGAAUGGCCUGAAUAUUCCUAAAGGAGCGGAUAUCUUUAUACCCAUUAUGGCACUUCACCACGAUUCAAGACAUUGGGACAAGCCAGAAGUUUUCAAUCCUGAACGUUUUUCAUCUGGAUCCAAGGUUAAAAGCUUCUCAUAUUUACCAUUCAUGGCUGGACCAAGGAGUUGUAUUGGCAAAAACUUUGCUAUGCUGGAAGCAAAAAUGAUCAUCUCUCGAGUUGUGCAAGAAUUUGACAUAGAAAAUCCUUACCCUGAAGUCACAGAUUUGGAAACUGAUGGAAUGAUCACUGCAAGACCCAUUGAUCGGGUCAAACUUAAACUGAACCCCAGGUUUAUUUCAUAAAUUAACUGUGACUUGAAAAUGUCAAUUAUCUAAAAUGCAAGCAAUAACUUGGAUAUUGUUGAUGUUUUUAUUCAUUUUCUCAGAUAUUUUUACAUGCUAUUAAUAGCGGAAUUUCGCUGGAUUGCACAACUUUCGUAUUGGUAGA